CUGAAAAUGUCAUGUCCCAACAAUGUGACUUCUAACUCGUUUUUGAUGGACUCGUUGGCCGGUACCUGUAGAGGGGAGAAUUAUUCCUCCAGCCAAGGGAUGUACAUGCAGCCUGGGAGCGAUUUCAGCUGCGGAGUCAUGAGGAACUGUGGAAUUAUCCCGUCUCUUUCCAAAAGGGACGAGGUGAAUAGCGCUACCUUGUCUCUCAGCACCUAUCCAUCUUACCUUUCUCAGCUAGACACUUGGUGUGACCCCAAAAAUACGUACAGGAUCGAGCAACCUGUUGCAAGACAGCUCCCAUCCUGCUCCUUCCCAACCAAUGUCAAGGAAGAGAAUGUUUGCUGUAUGUAUAACGCUGAUAAAAGAGCAAAAAAUGCCACAGAGACAGCCCUCUACCCCAACCAAAUGCCUGAGUCUUGCCUAAAUGACCAUGAAGUCCCCGUUCCUAGCUACUACCGAGCAAGCCAAGGUUACCCCUCCAUGGAGAAGACGUCAAACUGCAGCAAUCCAAAUGAGUUUGAGGCAAGUUUUGAAUCCAGGGCGAGCCUGAACCCAAGGAAUGAGCAUCUGGAACCAGCACCACCACCUCCUCCACCUCCUCCGCCGCCCCCGGUGGCUAAAGUGAGUUUCCCCGAAAACACAAAAACAGAUAAUACUCAGAACACAUCCACGAACGAAAUUAAAACAGAAAAAAGCGCCCCAGCACCCAAAAUAAGUCCUUCGGAAGCAGAGAAAGACCUGAAUAAAAACACUGACACCAGCACUGACAAUUCUGACAAUGAAGCAAAAGAGGAUAUAAAGGCAGAAAACACUACAGGAAAUUGGCUGACAGCAAAGAGCGGAAGAAAGAAAAGGUGUCCUUACACCAAGCACCAGACGCUGGAGCUGGAGAAGGAAUUCUUGUUCAAUAUGUACUUGACCCGUGAGCGCCGCCUGGAGAUUAGUAAGAGCAUUAACCUGACAGACAGACAAGUCAAAAUCUGGUUUCAAAACCGCAGGAUGAAACUCAAGAAAAUGAACAGAGAGAACCGAAUCCGUGAACUGACUUCUAAUUUUAAUUUCACUUGAGUGUGCUCCAGCCCCUGUGCAGGCGAGGGAGA